AUGAACAGCGGCGGGCUGCCCUGCGCCUCCCCGGUGGUGGGGCCGGGGGUCCCGGCGGCGGCGGCGGCCCCCCCCGUGGGCGGCGGGGUGAAGCUCAAGUUCUGCCGCUACUACGCCAAGGACAAGACGUGCUUCUACGGCGAGGAGUGCCAGUUCCUCCACGAGGAGCCCGGCGGCGCCUCCUCCGCCGCCUGCCCGGGCCCCCCGCCGCAGCCGCCGCCCCCGCCGCCCCCGGGAGCCCUCGGCGGGCUUCCGCUCGGGCUCCCGCCGGGCCCUGCCGCGCCUCCCGUCGCCGCCUCGCCGGGGCAUGGCGGCGGCGGCGGCUACCCGGGGCCCGGGGCGGUGGCGCCGGUGCCGAAGAAGCCGCCCGAGUUGGUGGCGGGAGGCGGCGGAGCGGGGAUGGACGGACCCCGGCUGGCCAUUCCAGGAAUAGAUGGAAGUGCUCUAGCUGAAGCUAGUCUUACAGACUCCUACUUCAGUACCAGUUUCAUUGGUGUUAAUGGAUUUGGAAGUCCUGCAGAAGCAAAGUAUCCUAUGAUGCAGAGGAUGACAAAUAGCAGCAGUUCCCCCAGCCUUCUCAAUGACAGUGCCAAGUCGUAUGCAGGCCAUGAUCCUCUAACUUCACCUGCUUCGUCCUUGUUUAAUGACUUUGCUGCUCUCAGCUUAUCUCAAAGGAGAAAGCCAAGGAAGUAUCGACUGGGGAUGCUGGAGGAGAGGAUAGUUCCGGUGGGAUCAAAGGCACGAAAAUCAAAGAAUCCUAUUGGCUGCCUGGCCGACAGGUGUAAAACAGGAGUACCCAUCAAUAUGGUUUGGUGGAACAGAGUCACAGAAAACAAUUUACAGACACCAAACCCUGCUGCAAGUGAGUUUAUUCCAAAAGGGGGAUCGACCUCCCGACUGGGUAACAUGUCACAGUCAAAUAUGUCUGCCUUCUCUCAAGCCUUGUUCUCUCAUCCUUCCAUGGGAGGUCCUGCCAAUGCUGGGCUAGCACCAGGAAUGUCACUGUCAGCAGGAUCUUCUCCUCUUCAUUCCCCUAAAAUUACUCCUCACACGUCUCCUGCUCCUAGACGAAGAAGUCACACACCAAACCCAGCAAAUUAUAUGGUGCCUACUAGUGCCUCCACACCUGUAACCAAUGCCGUCUCCCAGCCCCCAGCUGCUGGCCAGGUGAUUCAGAAGGAAACUGUGGGAGGCACGACCUAUUUCUAUACCGACACAACUCCAGCACCUGUAACUGGAAUGGUAUUCCCAAACUAUCACAUCUAUCCUCCAACUGCACCUCAUGUUGCUUACAUGCAGCCAAAAGCAAAUGCACCUUCCUUCUUUAUGGCAGAUGAACUCAGACAGGAGCUGAUCAACAGACACUUAAUUACGAUGGCUCAGAUAGACCAAGCAGAUAUGCCUACUGUCCCAACAGAAGUGGACAGCUACCACAGCCUUUUCCCUUUAGAACCACUGCCACCACCCAAUCGGAUACAGAAAACAAGCAACUUUGGGUACAUAACAUCAUGCUACAAAGCUGUAAAUAGCAAAGAUGAUCUGCCAUAUUGCCUUCGGAGGAUACAUGGUUUUCGUCUUGUUAACACAAAGUGCAUGGUAUUAGUUGACAUGUGGAAAAAAAUCCAGCACUCAAAUAUUGUAACGUUGCGAGAAGUAUUCACCACAAAAGCAUUUGGAGAGCACUCUCUUGUGUUUGCAUAUGAUUUCCAUGCUGGAGGAGAGACGAUGAUGAGCAGGCACUUCAACGACCCUAGUGCUGAUGCCUAUUUCACAAAAAGAAAGUGGGGUCAGCAUGAUGGCCCUCUGCCCCGGCAGCAUGCUGGGUUGUUACCUGAAUCCUUGAUUUGGGCUUACAUUGUGCAGCUCAGCUCUGCGUUGCGGACCAUUCACACAGCAGGAUUGGCCUGUCGAGUAAUGGACCCCACGAAGAUUCUGGUAACUGGUAAAACAAGGUUGCGAGUAAACUGUGUUGGGGUCUUUGAUGUGUUAACAUUCGAUAACAGCCAAAACAAUCCCUUGGCGCUAAUGGCCCAAUACCAGCAAGCUGACUUAAUUUCCCUAGGGAAGGUUGUGUUGGCUUUGGCUUGCAAUUCCUUGGCAGGAAUUCAGAGAGAGAAUUUACAGAAAGCUAUGGAACUGGUGACAAUCAACUAUUCCUCUGAUUUGAAGAAUCUUAUUUUGUAUUUGCUGACUGACCAAAACAGGCUUCGAAGUGUAAAUGAUAUCAUGCCUAUGAUUGGGGCACGGUUCUACACGCAGUUGGAUGCCGCCCAAAUGAGAAAUGAUGUAAUUGAAGAAGACCUUGCAAAGGAAGUUCAGAAUGGAAGAUUAUUUCGACUUCUUGCAAAAUUGGGAACAAUCAAUGAGAGGCCAGAAUUUCAGAAGGACCCAGCAUGGUCAGAAACCGGAGACAGGUAUCUUCUGAAGCUCUUUAGGGAUCAUCUUUUCCAUCAGGUGACAGAAGCAGGUACUCCCUGGAUAGACCUCGGUCACAUUAUCUCUUGUCUUAACAAGCUAGAUGCUGGUGUGCCAGAAAAAAUAAGCCUCAUUUCCAGAGACGAGAAGAGUGUACUUGUGGUAACGUACAGUGACCUGAAGCGCUGCUUUGAAAACACUUUUCAAGAACUCGUUGCAGCCGCAAACGGGCAGUUGUAGUACUUGCUGGAAGCAUGCAGGACAUUGCUGAGGAACGUAACCAAUCGCAAAUUGCACUACAGCUGGGUCGUCGUCAUCUCAUUUCACAUUUCGGGAAACAAACAGCAGGAGAUGUUGCACUUCAGUCAGGUACACUGUUACUUUUGAAGGGAAGAAUGUUUUUUUGCUUACCCUUGAACUCUGGCUGCCAUUGGAGGCUUUAUCUGUGAAGAAUUUAUUUUAAAAUAAGGAACACAUCAGGGCAUGAUGUUCCUGCUUUUAUUUUUUUCCACUCGUAUAUGCACUAAUUUUAAUUUUUUUAAAAGACUUUUCUGAACUCUGAUGUUUUGCCACAUUGGAUACUUACUAAGGGAAUCUCUUUGCAAAGACAUUUCUAGGAUAAUCCUUUUCUUUUUUUUUGCCACUGAGUAUACCGCAGAAUUUAUUCAUUUUGAUAUUAUUUGCACCCCAGAAUACUAUAAAGGACCAUGUGAAUAAUUUUAUAGAAAUUGUCUUCUGUUAAUUACAGUGUCUCUUGUAACCUCUGUACGUGUGUCAUACGCCCACCCCCACUGUUGGUUAACCAAUCAAACCAGAAGAUGCAUAUUAAAAAAAAAUCAAGUGAAGUAUAGAAUCGUCACAUGUAAAAUCCCCCUUUUAUCUGGUUGAAGCUUUGUCUAAGCAACAUAGCGCCGUUUUGAAAGAAGAAGAAGCAUCUAUAACUUCCAGGAGCGUAUCCAAAUUGCUCUGAACACGACCAGCGCCUUUUAAAUAAAAUACCUGUUUGUAUAUUUUCCUGCUAGUCAGAUGCAUUUACAUUUAUGCAAUUUUUAAUAGAGGGUUUUGGGUUUUUUAAAAAAAAGAAAAAAAGAAAUUGUGCUACAGGCCUGAGGUUUCAGGAGUGUAUUCCUUUAAGUUACUUGCAGUAUAAUUUUUUUUUUGUAUAAAGUUCUGUUCUUUGAACCACAGCUUUAUUAUGGUACUUUACACUGGAUACAGAUAACAAAAGACACUGUUCAGAAGAUUUAACCACACACAGCAGUUGUCUGACAUCGAGAGCUUUUGAAGUUGUAUAGCCUGAUUCUGGAA